AUGAGCAUAAAGGAUCCUGUCGCAGAGCAAUCGCCGAAACAACAUCUAUUAAAGCCAGCAAAAUUGCAAUACAGCUUCCAAACGAAAGUCCCAAGGAACCAUUUGAACAAACAUACUGCGUACAAUGACCUUCAUUUGCCGGAUCUCCCCUUGCUGCUUGAUGUUGUUGUUGAUGGCGCUAUCCUUGCGCUGAGCUCUGGCCAAAAUUUCAAUCUGCGAACCUUAAAUUCUCGCGGCCAGACAAACAACCACUACGACUACAACAACGACAACCACUACGCCGCUCCUACAGUUUGGGGACAAGCAGCACGACCUCGGAAUCAUAAUCUGCUUCUAACACCCCAUCAGCUAUACGGAGAUAACUACCCGUAUCGAUACAACCUACCUACCCGAACUCGCUGGGUCGACGAAGGAGAAAGACACAGCUCCGAUAUGGCUUCUGAGAAACACCAGCAGAAUGGUGUUCUAAUCGGUGAGGACACCAGUAGUACUCCACCUGCAACCACCGAUCUGGAGCCUCGCUCACCCGCUUUGGACAUCGUAGAGCCGACGGACAAGGAUUCUCAUAGCCCAUUACUCCCAGGCACGCAAGCCUCCAAUACGGUUGACGUCGGCGCCCUGCCUGGCACACGACUUACCCCUCAACAAGGUACGCGAGACAAUACGUCUUCUCCAAAUAUUGCACGGGAACGAAACGGGGGAGAUGGACCAAAGGCCCGGCCCCAAGAGAUGCCGCAUCAACAGGCGGAGGAAAAAGCUACAGACAAAAAUCACGUUGAAAAGUCAUUUUCUGACACAGAUGAAGGCCCCACUCACCUGAAGAAAGACAACGGAGCUCACACGGAAAAUGAUGCGGCUGAGGUCUCAGAAGGUACGAAAACCCAGGAGCCAGAGGAAGUCAAGAUAAAUUAUCCAGCCUCUGACGAACAAAAAGAUGGUGCCGAUGAACGACCUGUUCGUCAGAAACUCAAGGAAACCUCGAUUGCCGGUGUGCCUCGCCCGAAUUCCCCAGAGGACCACGCUAUGGCGUCACAGGGAACCCCUGUGGCCGGAGCAGAGAGUGUGAGUGAUACAAGUAGCGUGGAAGGGCGAGGGAGACUACGGAGGAAACGGUCAUUGGGAGAUAUGAAUGAGCAUGAAGAGCAUGACGAGGUGGCGGGCGGAAAAAACACAGACGAGACUGGCCAUCGACGGAAGCGGUCAAGGGAUUCUAAAACGGACGAUGAGAGCAGCGACAAGCAAGAGCGCUCUAAGAGUAAGUCGACGACAGAGGAUAGCCAUGGCAUGACAGAUAAUAUGGAUGCUAAGGAUGCCACUAAUAAAGGUGGAAUACGGACCCCAACGGAAGAGCUCAAGAGCACGGAGAGUGAUACUGCCAAUCGCAUUCUCAGCCCCAAGAAGAAGCGUAGCAGAGACCAAUUCGACAAGGACCAUCUGAAGCCAGAUAGUAUGGACGAAAAGGCUGAGGAAGGGACAGCAAAUGCCAAAUUUAGAGAGCCCUUUGAGAAAUCCAAGGCCAUGUCAGCCAAUCGUACAGUAGAAGGCGAGCCGGAGAAGAAGCGACACCGUGACGAUUCCCAGGAUAGGAGCUCUCAGGUAGACUCCGAUCUAGUUUCUAAAAAGGCCUCCUCGCUGAAUCCGUUUUCCAACACUUUGAGCGUAUCCGCUUUCGCUUCUAUGGCAUCGAAACCCCCCCAACUAACAUCAAAGGACAAAAUGGAAAAGAAGGAACAACCCAUGACCUCCGCAUCUACUUUCGCCUCAUCAAAAUUAGCAUCUUUUGCCAGUUCAGAGAAGUCACCGUUUAGCAGCCUUGGGUCUGCAAAUUCCUCAGCACUGAAAUCUGCACCUCCCGCUGAAACCACGCGAGGCAAGGAACAUCCAUCAACCUCCUCUUCGGCUUUUGCAGCGUCGCCCUUUGCGGCUGCCGCUGCGUCAUCCCCGUUCGGUGCUCUGAGCAGUGGUAAAUCCGGGUUUGGUCGGAGUGGGUUUGCCACUGGCUUUGCUGCCGCUGCACCAAAGCUGGGUGGGGGAUUAGCCUCUUUUUCAACUCCUACAGGUAGCUCUUUGGUUUUGGGAAAUUCUUCAAAGUCGAAAACUCUGGGGGCUGCUGGCUCUGCGCAUGAGGAUGGUAAUAAAGUAGAAAAAGGGAAAGGUGAGGACGACGAUAAAUCUACCUUUGAAGGUUUGGAGGAGGAGAGGGGGGAUGAGAGAUUCCAUGAACAGCAGACUGAAACGGGUGAAGAGGGCGAAAAUACAAUUUUUUCAUGCCGCGGCAAGCUAUACCAUUUCGACGGGAAAGAAUGGAAGGAGCGCGGCGUUGGUGUUUUCAAAGUCAACAUCAGGGAACCUGUUAAUGAUAAUAACAAUACUGAUAGAUCUAAAGAAGAGCCGCAACCCGGUGACAACAAAACAGAUGAAGAACAUGAAAAGGAAGAGAAGCACAAAGCCAACGAAGGCGAGGGUGUAGAACCGAAGAAAAAAACAGCGCGGGUGAUCAUGCGGGCCGAUGGGGUGUGGCGGGUAAUCCUCAAUAUCCCUGUUUUCAAAGGCAUGAAAGCUGGCGAUCCGUCCGGUGGCCCUCCGAAGGGGAAACAAGUGCAUUUUACGGGAUUCGAGGAUGGCAAAUCUGUCCCUUUCCUCUUUAGGACCGGAAAUGACGACAUCGCCAAGCAACUCUAUACUACCCUCCAUACCCUCCAAGCGAGUCUAUGA